AAGGGCAUGUGGAGUCCACAGCGCCCCCUCGCCCUAGGCGGGGUGGAGACAGCGAGACGACGCCCAUGAUCAGCUGGUUACAAAACUCGAGGAAUAAGAAGUUUAAUAUCUAUUAGUCUGCAAAUCCGGAGACCUUGCGGCCUCACUGGUCCUCCUUCCCUCUGAGCUAUCUCCACACCCAGCCUUGGAUCAGAGGGGAUUUAGAAGCAGAGCUGUCCGCAGCGAAUACUUUUAAUGCCCAGGCCGGGAAGAAAGCGGGUUAGGAUCUGAUCCCGCUGAAUAGAGGACCCAGGAGCCUCCCGCCCCGGGUGCUCUGUAGUGCGGGGGCGCGCUGCGCGCUGCGCGCUGCGCCUGGGCGGCUGGCGGCGGCGGCGUGGGGGCGGUGAUGCAGGUGUGACACCGGCCGGCUACUGCCUCCGCCAGGAUCGCCCAGCGCCGCGUUAGCCGGAGCUGCACGCGGGGCUACCGGGGUGGAAGCUGCUCUGCCUGCAUCCGGAGGCGUCCGCCAGCGGAUUUCCCACCCAGGGCAUAAUCUUCGGUGGCAGGACAAAUCAGGCCAGCACGCAGUCUGCCAAGUCCCUGUCAAGAAAAACAGCUAGAUCCAUUUCUAAUCAACACUUCCCAACACAACACUUCUGAGUCUCUAAAGGAGACCAGAGCUUGAAACUUUCCAGACUUCCAAUAGAUAUCGAGUACAAAAGGAUAUUUAGGUUGUCUUUGCACAAAUCUGGUUGAUUUGAGAGAUAAAGGGGUGAGAAAACGAGUGUGACUUUCACCUAAGAAGUCACAUGAACAUAUUUCACGUUUGAACUACAUAGUGAAUGAUGGUUAUUGAAAUAGCCCAAACCUCUACCACAGAGCGAGGGAUAUAGCUCAAGUGGCAACCAAGCAGUCGCAGAACCAAGGAAUGGAUGACUACAAGUAUCAGGACAACUAUGGGGGCUAUGCCCCCAGUGAUGGCUAUUACCGUGGCAAUGAGUCCAACCCAGAAGAAGAUGCACAGAGUGAUGUCACCGAAGGUCAUGAUGAGGAAGACGAGAUCUAUGAGGGCGAGUACCAGGGUAUCCCUCACCCAGAUGAUGUCAAGGCCAAGCAGGCCAAGAUGGCGCCCUCCAGAAUGGACAGCCUUCGGGGCCAGACAGACCUGAUGGCUGAGAGGCUGGAAGAUGAGGAGCAGUUGGCCCACCAGUACGAGACCAUUAUGGAUGAGUGUGGCCAUGGCCGCUUCCAGUGGAUCCUCUUUUUCGUCUUAGGUUUGGCCCUGAUGGCCGAUGGAGUGGAAGUGUUCGUGGUGAGUUUUGCCCUGCCCAGUGCAGAGAAGGACAUGUGUCUGUCCAGUUCCAAAAAAGGAAUGCUAGGGAUGAUAGUCUACUUGGGAAUGAUGGCGGGGGCCUUCAUCCUGGGAGGCCUGGCUGAUAAGCUGGGAAGGAAGCGAGUCCUCAGCAUGUCUCUGGCCGUCAAUGCCUCCUUCGCCUCCCUCUCUUCCUUCGUGCAGGGAUAUGGAGCCUUCCUUUUCUGCCGACUCAUCUCAGGCAUCGGUAUUGGGGGUGCUCUGCCAAUUGUUUUUGCCUAUUUUUCUGAAUUCUUGUCUCGGGAGAAGCGAGGAGAACACCUCAGUUGGCUGGGCAUCUUCUGGAUGACUGGGGGCCUCUACGCAUCUGCCAUGGCCUGGAGCAUCAUUCCACACUAUGGCUGGGGCUUCAGCAUGGGGACCAAUUACCACUUCCAUAGCUGGAGAGUGUUUGUCAUCGUCUGUGCUCUGCCCUGCACUGUGUCCAUGGUGGCCCUGAAGUUCAUGCCAGAGAGCCCACGGUUUCUGCUAGAGAUGGGAAAACAUGACGAAGCCUGGAUGAUUCUCAAGCAAGUCCAUGACACCAACAUGAGAGCUAAGGGGACCCCAGAGAAAGUGUUCACGGUUUCCAACAUCAAAACUCCCAAGCAAAUGGAUGAAUUCAUUGAGAUCCAAAGUUCAACAGGAACCUGGUACCAGCGCUGGCUGGUCAGAUUCAAGACCAUUUUCAAGCAGGUCUGGGAUAAUGCCUUGUACUGUGUGAUGGGGCCCUACAGAAUGAAUACACUGAUUCUGGCCGUGGUUUGGUUUGCCAUGGCAUUAAGUUACUAUGGACUGACAGUUUGGUUUCCUGAUAUGAUCCGGUAUUUUCAAGAUGAAGAAUACAAGUCUAAAAUGAAGGUAUUUUUUGGUGAGCAUGUGUACGGCGCCACAAUCAACUUCACGAUGGAAAAUCAGAUCCACCAACAUGGGAAACUUGUGAAUGAUAAAGACAGUUCAGAGUCAUUAUCCUCUGCCCAGAGUGACCACUUCAGGGAUGGCGGCUCCAAUGCUCGUGGUGGUGGAAGGCAGUUCCCCCAAGAUGUUUCAUUGUCUGAGCUCUUUAGUUUCCUUCUCUCCCUAGACCUCUACGAGCAUAAGUUCAUCAACUGUCGGUUUAUCAACUCCACCUUUCUGGAGCAGAAGGAGGGCUGCCACAUGGACUUGGAGCAAGAUAAUGACUUCCUGAUUUACCUCGUCAGCUUCCUGGGCAGCCUGUCUGUCUUACCCGGAAACAUCAUUUCUGCCCUGCUCAUGGAUAGAAUCGGAAGGCUCAAGAUGAUUGACCUCUACGAGCAUAAGUUCAUCAACUGUCAGUUUAUCAACUCCACCUUUCUGGAGCAGAAGGAGGGCUGCCACAUGGACUUGGAGCAAGAUAAUGACUUCCUGAUUUACCUCGUCAGCUUCCUGGGCAGCCUGUCUGUCUUACCCGGAAACAUCAUUUCUGCCCUGCUCAUGGAUAGAAUCGGAAGGCUCAAGAUGAUUGGUGAGUUGUCAGCAGGGUCACUUCUGGGCUCCAACACGCUGGGAGCAACAGCCUUUGGCAUUCUCAAUGGAUUGUGCAAAUUUGGCGCCAUCCUGGGAAACACCAUAUUUGCUUCUUUUGUUGGGAUAACCAAAGUGGUCCCCAUCCUUCUGGCUGCUGCUUCUCUGGUUGGGGGUGGCCUGAUUGCCCUUCGACUGCCAGAGACUCGAGAACAGGUCCUGAUGUGAACCGCCUAUGGGAAAAGGAAAGGUCAAGAGAAUCUUGUCCAGGACACUAAAAUGCAUCCACACUUCCUGCCUAUCACGGUCCAGAGGGCACCUCGGAUAACACGCGAGGAGAAGUUGACUUUGUGACCCCUAGUUUAGGACCCACUUCAGCUGUCAAUAUGUUUGUAACUCAGGUGACUGUUUUGGGGGUGCCCUGAGCCACCCUUAGAAUCACAGAGCUGCGUGUUUAAUUUCAGGUCUUCCCAGUCCAAGGCAGGGAGAGGAUUCUCCAGUGAGUGCACACACUAUGCGAGGAGUAAGCAUUUCUGUAAGUCAAGUGCAAGGACUUACUUGCAUUUCCAAAGGAAUUAGAGGGUAAGAAAUACCCAAGCUCCUCCAUAAAGCUCCUUGGAGCCCAACAACUUAACAAAUCAACUUGGCUGGAAGUUAGAGUCAUUAUAUGAAGAUUGGGCUUGAAGUACAGGAUACAUAUAUUUUUGCAUUUAAAAGUAUCACCUAUCAUAUUUUCCACUCAAAUACUGGCAUGGUAGCAUUGAGAAUACUCUGAUCUGGAAAGCCAAAUAUUUGAGCAACAUCUAUAGAGAUCUACUUUUCUCCUAAGUCUCCUAGGCUUUCCAUGAUAAUUAGGUGAUACAUUUAAGAAGGAUAUUUAUUUCUGUUUUGCUCUAUUCAAAGAAAUUGAAUGGGUUAGGUAUUCUGUAAACUAAGUUUGUAUAUAACUUUAUUUGGGUUUAAUUUCCACAACUGGUAUCUGCAAAUAUUGCCAGCAUUUUAGCCAUAUUUUGGGAGAACUUGGUGUUUGAGGUCCCAGGAAAUGAGGUCUGAUCAAACGAAAUGCAAGCACAAUUUCUUAGAGCCAUUUAACUUUCUGCUGGGAGGAUAUACUUAACAAACUCACGUUGUGCAGUCCACUUAAUCCAGCCACUUUCUUUGUGCAGUUGGAGCGAGUAGUUACUUCUCUCUCUUACACAGAUGACUUGUGAAACUCAAGCUUACCAUCUUCAGUGCUGGCAUUUUACUUUGCCACUCACCCCAAAACAACGUGAGAUGUGUUCAGUGGCCUCUGGUACUCUUUCUGGCAAGAAUCAAACAAUGUGGGGACUGAGGGAGGGAUGGGGAAGUGUAGCCACAGUUCUUCCAAGUGUAAAUACUUUUUGUUUGUUCUAGCGGUAAAUGCAAAUGCAAUCCAUAUUUGUUAGAAUGGUUGGGUCUCAUGAGAAGUCUAUGCUAUGUGUCCAGGGCUUUUGAAACAGAGUCCAUUGGAGUGGGAGUUAGGGAGUGUAGUGGAUGCCAAAUAUGUCUUUCUUCAGUGCUUAAGAGAACUCUUUCCUGAAAUCCAGUUUUGAACAUAAACAGGGGUGUGGGUUGGGGGAGGAGCCUAGGACAAACCUGUCUGAUGAAGGUCAGCAAUAGACUGAAGUCUUGACUGCAUGGAAGAGGAACAACAUCAGAAGUGUCUGACAAUGGAGGGGACAGUGAGCUAUGCACAACCGCCAGUGGAGGUGAACUUGAACCUGCCCAGGCCGAAUGAACAUCAGCCUGCAAGAACUAGUUCUUUGAAUUGAUUUGCAAUGCUCUCAAUGGCUAUAAAGUGCCACAUUUUCCCUGUCAGAGAUCUCCAAAAAUUUCAAACAGAAGAAUAAUGGCUGCAUCGAGUGUUUUCUCAGUUUUGGAGAAAUGCUUAGGUCCUAUGAUAGCUUCGGGACAGCUUUCUGUAAUUUUCCUCAAUUAACGGGUUGGUAGGGGUAAAUCUUAUGACACCUUUCCACUGUCGAUUUGUGAUCAGUUUUAAUGGUUAAAAUGUUUACUCUGCUUCUGUCAACCCUCACUUUUUUAUUUACACCCCUCCCUUUUUUUCUGUACAGGGAGAGAAGACAUAUCGACUCUGACUGGACACCCUGAUUCCUCCAAAUAUAUAUACCACUGUGUAUUAAUCUUUCUCUCAGUGUUUUAUAGGGGUGCCUAACAUAAUGCUGUGUCAAUAAUGAAAGGCUUGAUGUAAUAUAGCUGUAAUUUACCUUCCAUAUGAAUGCAGUGGUUAGGUUCAUAAAA